ACCUCAUCAAGCUCGCUUUGCCCUCUGCAGCACAGGCUGCUGGGACCAACUCUCCUCUUCCCUUCUGCUGUCUCUGCCUUGCACACCAGACAGUGUGUGUGUGUGUGUGUGUGUGUGUGUGAGAGAGAGAGAGAGAGAGAGAGAGAGAGAGAGAGAGAGUUCUAAGCAACUGAAAAGUUGGAGCAGACUGUUGCCAGAUCCGACGGUGACGUGGGCUGCAGGCUCCUUGCUAGCUUGCUUGCUUGCUUGCUGGGGACAGGAUUGCUCUCUAACUCUCAUCUUCCCUGCUUAGGAAUAUGGCCAGCUGUUUGUAGCACCUCUGGCAGGUACCUGGGCUGCCAAAGGCCCACAAUGUGGGGGAUCAGAUUUUCAUGUGUGUGCCUGUUUGCCAUCUUCUUUGCCACCAGCAGAGGAGGGAAACUGCUUACUUCUCAGGAAGGAGAGAAAUGUCCACAAAUGCAGAAGGAAGGUCUCCGGCUGGACCAGAACAGUGACAAAUAUGUAAAUAUAACUGGAUUUAAUCUAAUUAAAAGAUUUGCUCUCCUGAAGACCUCGGCCGUUAAGAAAAUCCGCAACCCCAAAGGCCCGAUGAUCUUGAGACUGGGCAACACCUCUCUGAUCCAGUCCACGGAACAGCUGUUCCCCCUGGGCUUGCCAGAUGAAUUCACCUUGGUGGCUACUCUACUAUUCAAGAAACAGACCAGCAAAGAGAACUGGUACCUCUUCCAGGUCACCGAUCAUCAGGGAUACCCCCAGCUCUCCCUGGGAAUCAACAGCCAAGAGCGAAGUCUGGAAUUCCAAGCCAAGGGCCAGGACAACGAGUUCGUCAGCGCCGUCUUUGCCGGCAAAGGGGUCUCCUCCCUUUUCGACUUGAAGUGGCACAAAAUGGCCCUCAGCAUCCAAAGCCAGGUGGUUUCUGCCCACAUUGACUGCAGCUACAUCUCAUCUAAGCCACUGCAGCCCCGCCGGCGGUUGGUCAGCGAAGGCAAUGCAUUUGUCGGACUGGAUGCUGUGGAGGGCACUCCUGUCUCAUUUGACAUACAGCAGCUCCACAUUUACUGUGACCCCGCUAUGGCUAUGCAUGAGGGAUGUUGCGAGAUCACCGAUAACGGGUGCUUUCCUGAAGCCCCUAAAACUCGCCGGGAUGUGGAAGUCAUGCAGAGCAAUGACCUGAUAGAGAUCAACCCCCAGACUGAAGGCAAGGUCUACACUCGUUGCUUUUGCUUGGAGGAGACCCAAGGCAAGCAGGAGGAGGUGAGAUCUUCUGGGAAGACUGGUGUGAAAGAUGAUCAAGGAGAGAAGUGUCCCCCUUGUCCACAGAAGCCUCCACAUGCAAAUGCCACAUUGGGUCCACCAGGCUUAAAGGGUGGGAAAGGUGAACGUGGACCACCAGGGACCUAUGGAUCCAAAGGGGAGAAAGGCGAUCGUGGUGCUGACUGUGUCAGGAUCUCUCCUGAAGCCCCAUUGCAGUGUGCUGAAGGCCCCAAAGGAGAACAAGGAGGAAGGGGACCACCAGGAUUGCCUGGAACUUUUGCGGAGAAGGGGCAAAAAGGUGAGAGGGGCGACUUUGGUCUUCAGGGAAAGCCAGGAAACCCAGGGCGUGAUUGCCGGACUAGAGAGAUUUGCAUGGGACCCAAAGGCCAGAAGGGUGAUCCAGGAUAUGUCGGUCCUGAAGGACUUGCUGGGGAACCGGGACCCCCAGGGCUGCCAGGUCCGCCUGGAAUUGGCCUACCAGGAAAACCAGGUGAUCCUGGUGGCCCCCCAGGCCCGAAAGGAGAGAAGGGAGGCUCAGGACCUCCAGGGCUGAGCGGCUCAACCGGAAAGCCGGGAAAACCAGGGGUCCCAGGCCUGAAAGGAGACAAGGGGGAUCCAUGCGAAGUUUGUCCCACUAUCCCUGAAGGAAUAUCCAAUGCAGACCGCCCCCCUGCAAGACCAGGGCCCAAGGGGGAACCUGGGCCUCCAGGGAAACCAGGCAAAUCGGAUAAGCCUGGCCCUCCAGGACCCAAAGGCAAUACGGGGGACUCGGGGAUCAAUGGAACUAAAGGGGAGAAGGGAGAACCAUGUCUGUCAUGCAGCCCAGCUGCAUUGCAGCUUUCUCAGAAAGGACCCAAAGGAGAUCCAGGACCUUCAGGAAUCGGUCUGCCUGGGCUUCCUGGCAAAGCCGGCUCUCCAGGGCUGUCUGGACUCAAAGGAGAAAAGGGAGAUACUGGAGCUGUAGGACGCACAGGCACACCUGGAGUCCAAGGGGACAAAGGGAACACUGGAGAUUCAGGAGUCAAAGGCGAGAAGGGAGAAUCUUGUGGAGAGUGCCCUGCUUCUCUGGAAAGUGGGAAUACCAUGAUUGCCAUGCCAGGAUAUCCAGGAGAGAAGGGUGAACCAGGACUUCCCGGUGCUGGGCUUCCUGGGAAACCAGGAAAACCUGGAGAAUCUGGAAUGAAGGGUCAAAAGGGUGAUGCAGGAAACCCAGGAGAUUCUGGAACACCAGGCACUUCAGGUUUGCCUGGCCUUUCGGGCGAGCCUGGAGUCAGAGGGCCAGCAGGAGUUAAAGGUGAAAAGGGCGAUGCUUGCGACUCCUGUCCCAUCCUCAGUGGAGCCCCUUCUGGUGCAGUUGGGAUCCCAGGAAAACCAGGUCCAAAAGGGGACCAUGGACUUCCAGGUGUGGGGCAGCCAGGAAAACCUGGAAAACCAGGGCUUCCAGGAAUUCAGGGACCCCCUGGCUUGAAGGGGCUACAGGGAGAGCCAGGUCCUUCCGGGUUAGGAAUCCAAGGUCCAGAAGGAGAACCCGGGCUGAAAGGUUCGCCAGGCAAUCCCGGACCACCAGGACCUCAAGGGCCACCAGGAAAUGUUGGGGGGAAAGGGGAAAAGGGCUCCCCCGGUGUUAGAGGUGCCAUAGGCCCUCCUGGGACUCCAGGUGCCAGCAUCACUGGCCCACCAGGCCAAGAAGGCCAGCGGGGCCUCCCAGGAGAUCCUGGUUCCAAUGGCUUAAAGGGUGAAAGGGGAGCCAGAGGUGAGAAGGGAGAUUCUGGGGAAUGCACCUGCCAGCCUGGCUCUCGUGACACGACCAACGUUGGUCUACCGGGCGCCCCAGGACUAUGGAUCGGGACUUCCUGGCAGCCUCAGCCGGGCCCUCAGGGGCCACCAGGUGCUCCGGGACCACCAGGACCACCAGGAGCUCCUGGGAGGCAGGGCAUCCCAGGACACAAUGGCUUGCCGGGACUGCCUGGGCCAGUGGGAGACUUGGCACCACUGCCCCCUAUAAGCCUUGAGGAUUGUAGAAACUGUGCUCAGAUGGAACCAUCCCUUAGCGCAAUCAAAGGAGAAAAAGGUGACCAGGGUAUGCCUGGAGCCCCUGGCAUAGACAACUGCGCACGGUGCAUUGCCCAGUUCCACAGAGAUCACGGGACUCAGGGCGAUACUGACAAUAACCAAGAUUGUGCUGGAGGUCCUGGCUUUCCUGGCAUCCCCGGAUUACCCGGAGAAAGGGGGGAGCAGGGCCCACCAGGCUCAAGAGGCUCCCCUGGCCCUCCUGGACCAGCUGGCCCCCCAGGUUUUCCUGGAACGCCUGGCGCACCUGGAUUACCUGGCCUCCAGGGCGAACGCGGACUACCUGGGUUCCAUGGAUCCAAAGGAGAAUCUGGCCCCCCAGGUCAGCCUGGAUAUCCUGGCUCAGUGGGCCCCCCUGGGCUACCUGGUGCUAAAGGUGAACGAGGAUACACAGGGCCAUCUGGAGAGAAAGGAGAAUCGGGUCCUCCAGGCUUGGAUGGUCCUGCAGGUCCCAUUGGGCCAGCGGGUCCGAGAGGAGAGCGAGGACUGACAGGCAGCGCAGGAGAAAAAGGUGAUCAGGGAUUUCAAGGCCUGCCUGGUUUCCCGGGACCUCCUGGGCCCCCAGGCUUUCCAGGGAAAGCAGGAUCACCUGGACCACCAGGGCCUUCAGCAGAAAAGGGUAGCGAGGGGAUGCGUGGUUCUCCUGGCAUGACUGGCCCACCGGGAACUCCAGGCCCCCCUGGGAUACAAGGCUCACCUGGCUUGGAAGGCCUAGAUGGGAAGGACGGAAAGCCAGGGUCACGGGGUGACCCAGGACCCGCAGGACCUCCAGGAAGGAUGGGACCUCCUGGAUUCAAAGGGAAAACAGGUCAUCCUGGUCUCCCAGGACAAAAGGGUGAUUGUGGCAUUCCAGGACCACCUGGGAAUUCUGGCCGGGCUGGAGCUGAGGGAGAGCCGGGCCCGAUGGGACCUCUAGGCAGACCAGGUCCUCCUGGCCACGUUGGUCCUCCUGGAAGCCCCGGCCAGCCAGGCCCAGCUGGACUUGCUGGAGUUGGGCUAAAGGGUGAAAGAGGAUCUUCUGGAGAAAGAGGUCUUGGCGGGAUUCCAGGCCAGCCAGGCCCACCGGGUCACCCAGGCCCACCGGGUGAGCCAGGCAUGGAUGGACAAGUGGGUAAAGAGGGCUCAUCUGGAAAGCCAGGGCCUGCAGGGCCUGCUGGACAGAAGGGUGAACCUGGAUCUCUGGGGGAGAGAGGGCACCCCGGAGAGAAGGGCAGAGCUGGGAUGCCAGGAGGACCAGGAAAAAGUGGUGAGAUGGGCCCCAUUGGACCGCGUGGUCCUGCUGGGGAGAGAGGACAGCCUGGUGUUCCUGGUUCUGCAGGUAGCCCCGGGAACCCAGGGUUGCCUGGGACAAUGGGGGAUGCCGUCAAUUAUGAAGAAAUCCGGAGGUUCAUCAGACAAGAGCUGAACAAGAUGUUUGAUGAGCGGAUGGCAUAUUACAUCUCCCGGAUGCAGUUCCCAAUGGAAGUGGCUACCCAGCCAGGAAGACCAGGACCCCCUGGUAAAGAUGGACCACCCGGACGGCCGGGAUCUCCUGGUUCCCAAGGAAUGCCAGGACAGAUUGGAAGAGAGGGUCGACAAGGUGUGCCUGGAAUGAGAGGUGAGCCCGGAGUCAAAGGCGAAAAAGGAGACAAAGGGAAUGGAAUCAUGGGAGAGACAGGCCCUCCAGGCCCCUCAGGCAUCCAAGGACCUCCAGGGUAUGGCAAGAUUGGUCUUCCAGGACCGAUGGGACAGCAGGGCAUCCCGGGCAUCCCAGGCCCCCCAGGAGUGACAGGGCCGCCUGGAAAAGCAGGUCACUGCAACCCGUCAGAUUGCUUUGGCAUGAUGCCUCUGGAACAGCCCAUGUAUCAACCCAAAAACAUGAAAGGGCCUUUAGGCUGAUGGGCAGACAGGGUUUCCCCCCCAAAAAAGGACUCCAUUGUGAAUAGCCAAAGUUCUGGUCCUCGUGACUGGUCGUGAAUUAUUAUUUUUUCAUUGCUGUUAAUAUUUUGACUAUAUUAUUUUCUCCAGUGGGGUUCAAUCUCUCAUAAUGAUAUUUUGUUGUGUGUGUGUAUGUGUUUUUAAACCAACAACCCAAGUGUGUGUGUGUUUGUGUGUGUAUGUCUCAUAUUCUAAAAAGAAGUUGAUUUUGUCAUCUAUGUGGGGAGCAAAAUACACUUCAAAAUAAUGCUUCAGCCUUUUCAGUGCUAUGAUCAAAUAAGGGGUAGAUUACUUCCAUACGUUUCCCCUCCAAUAGGAAUUAAUUACUAUUUUUUCAACAGUAUGGUCACUGGGCACAAUCCAUGAGGAAGUUCCAGGAGGUGUGCAGAAGUGUUGAAGUGCUCUGGCCUAGCACCACUUGUCAUGAGUUUUAGUUAGAACUGGAAAGCAUGGGAGAUGGAUUUGGAAGGGAAAGUUCUAAAAUGAAAUUGACAGUGCACUUCUUUGUAUGUCUGCUCUGAAGUAAGUCCCACAAAUUUGAUGGGACUUCCUACGUAAAUGUUGCCACUGAACAGCACAGUCCUGUACAGGAUUACCCAGAAAUGUCCCAUUGUACUCAAUGUGGCUUGUAAAUGUGUUUGAUUACUGUUCCUUAAAUAUUCUGUCUGCAGCUAAAUAUGUGAGGUGUUCCCAAGUCUAAAAAUAAACAGAAAAAUAAGUUCUGUGGAAAGGACACACACCACACAUACACACACACCACACAUACACACACAUACCAUUUUGUGUAUUAUGAUGUAAUUACAUUUUUUCCAAAUGUCCAAAA